UUCUCUGCACACAUUUCGUCCAAAAGACGGACGUGUCAAUAGACAACGAAAUGAAUAUUGCAGUUUUGUUCACGGUGCAGAAUAUUUUUUACAUUCUUUUUAAUUUUGACUAAAAUUUAUACAAAUAGAACAAAUAUAUUGCCCCGUCAUAUAGAGGAAAUUAAUUUCACGUGCUGUUAACUUGCGAGCUAUUAGGCUACACUUAGGAGAGUAAUCGAGAAAGCUAAGUAAAGAUGGCGGGGCAGAAAUUUCAGUACGAUGAAAGUGGAGGAACAUUUUAUUAUUUCCUUCUUUCCUUCCUGGCGUUGAUACUUGUUCCAACAACUCUGUAUUACUGGCCACGCAAAAAAAAGGAAGAUGUAAAUAAACUUAAGGAGGAAUGUCAAUGCCCGGAUUGUAUAAAGAAGAAAUCUAUUUUGGCAUCUGCCGAGCCAUAUCGUAUGCUGAAAUCAUUCCUGAUUAAAUUGUGUUUGGUAUUGGGCUGGGCACUGCUUGUUUUACUUGCUUAUCGCGUCUCGCAAUUCGAUUACGAAAUGGCCAGUUUUGAUCCAUUCGAAAUUCUGCAAUUACCACCCACCGCCUCCAUGGAAGAAAUAAAGAAAACUUACCGUGAAUUAUCACGUGUAUUGCAUCCAGAUAAGCCAACUGGUGAUGAAAAAUCAUUUAUGAUGCUUCGUAAAGCUUACCAAGCACUCACCGACGAAACAGCCAAACAAAAUUAUGAGAAGUAUGGCAAUCCAGAUGGUCCUGGGGCAAUGUCCUUUGGUAUAGCGUUGCCUUCAUGGAUUGUAGAAAAGGAAAACUCAGUUUGGGUACUUGGUCUAUAUGGUUUAGUAUUUAUGGUGGCCUUGCCCUCUGUGGUAGGCAUGUGGUGGUAUCGUUCUAUACGCUUUUCUGGCGAUAAAGUGCUUCUAGAUACAUCUCAAAUGUAUUUUUAUUUCAUACAUAAAACGCCACACAUGUUGCUAAAGCGCGCACUUAUGAUAUUAGCUGCUAGUCUGGAGUUUGAUAAGCGACACAAUUCUCAGAUCGUUGAGAGACAAUCCGAUAAUGAAGAAGUACCAGCACUUAUUCGACAAUUGCCGAACUUGAAUGAAAAGUGCAAGGAACAUCCUCUGUGCCGCAUGUACUCGAUUAAGGCACGCGCAAUAUUACAUGCGCACUUAUCCCGUAUUCCACUCAACUCUGAAACUUUGGAAAAGGAUCGGCAAUAUAUUGUGAAGAAGUGUCCAUAUCUUAUUCAAGAGAUGGUUUCCUGCGUUCACCAAUUAGUUAUGUUAGCGUAUGCGAGACGAGUACCACGUCUACCGAGCAUCGAAACUAUAGAAAAUUGUAUGAAACUGUCUCCGAUGAUAAUCCAAGGCUUAUGGGAAUACAAAUCUCCUCUACUACAAUUACCUCAUCUCACUGAAGAUCAACAUCUAUACUAUAUCAAUAAGAAGAGACACAUUAAGAAUUUACAGCAAUUCGCUCAGUUGAAACCCGAAGAAAGUAGGCAGCUAUUAAAAAGCCUCUCUGAUUUUGAGUAUGAAAAUGUGAUGAAAGUUUUGGGAAAAUUGCCCUUGAUUGAUUUUUCUAUACGUUGCGAAGUUAUUGAUGAUGAAAACACAAAUGUUGUGACUGCUGGCGCUAUCGUCACAGUUACCGUUACGUUGAUACGUAAAGACAUGAAGACGUUAUUUGGUGAUGCAAAAGUACCAGAGAAGCAAGGCAUUAAGGACGAUGAUGAUGCGACAGGCGGUGGUGAUGAUGAGGAGGCCUCAACUGCCGCAGCUGCAGUUCCAAUAAAAAAAGUGUCUGCCUGGGGUAAACAGCGAAAAGGCAAAGGUGGUAAAGGUGGCAAAAAAGCAGGUAAUAAUCAGAAGCGUAAGGCACCUCCUGCGGCGAAUGUAGCUCAAAAUAAAGCUACUGUCUCCCUUUCGAAUGCGGAAAGCCAAGACCAUAAUGAAGACUCUGAAACGGAAGCAGAUGCCAGCGAUUUGGAGGAAAAGGAUUGCUCUGGCGAUGAGUCUGAUAAUGACAAGCCGCAAAAUAAUAAGAGUGAGAUAUAUGAUGAUGAUGACGACGAUGAAGCUUGGGAGAGGUUACAAGCCAAACUAAAUAAACGCGAAAAGCUGGAAGGAAAAUCGCGCAUAUCUCACACAGUACACUGUCCUUACUUCCCAGAAGAAAAACAAGAAUACUGGUGGACGUAUAUCUGCGACCGUAAAUCACGUUCGCUACUCACAGCGCCUUACCACGUUACAAGUCUGGUAGAUAAGGAAGAGAUUCAACUGAAAUUUACAGCACCGCGUUGGCCGGGAUUGUACACAUUCACAGUAUGCUUAAGAUCGGAUUCGUAUCUUGGUAUGGACCAACAACAAGAAUUGAAACUCGAUGUUAAGAAAGCGCCUGUCCCACCUACAGACCACCCACAAUGGGAUCUUAGUGAAUCAGAGCCCGAAAACCAUGAACAGCACGAAAACUCUAGCGAUUUUACGACAGACAGUUCCGAGGAUGAAGGCACUGAUUAGGAACAUUAGUAUGCUAGUAUAUAAUGUAUUGCAAUUGUAUGAUUUUACAAUACUUAUAGUUGAUUUUUAUAUACAAUAUCUAACUUGAGUUUCAUAUUCCUUGCAUUUUAGUUUGUUUUGAAUUUAUUUGGAAAAAGUAAGAAUACAUUUUUAUAGAGGCAUAAUAUGGUAAUGGUUUUUAGCAAAAACCAUACAUACUUAUUUGAAGAAGAAAGAUUACUGUGAAAAUUCCAAUAAAUUAUAAAGCAAUGGCAUAUUUUCCAAAAAGAUAACUCAUUUUUACUAGUUUUGCAUUACUUAUUAAAUCCAAUUAUACAAUUUGAAAUCAGCAUAUAAAACUUAAUACAAAAUAAAAAUGUUUAAUAAUACAAAUUAUUAAAAAAUAUUACAAAUAUUUGUAAUGAACAUUAUUUAAUAUUAACCUUGUACGGGAAUUGAUUGGCCAUCAUUGGUGUAAUCGAAUGAAAAAUCAUAGAUUUAAUAAAACCAUAGAAAAAAUCCAAAAA